AGAUCUGAGAGGAAGAAGUGGGUUCACAACAAAAUAGCUUAAAAAUUGUCUACUUUGUUUUCUGCCUUACUGUUGGCUGCAGAAAUUUAACUAUUACUUCAUUCGAUCAUAUUUAGCAGUGACUGCUGUUGUGUUCAGCAUGGCAGGUCAACAUUACUGCCUUCGCUGGAACAACUAUCAGUCAAAUAUGACAUCGGUAUUCCAUCAGCUGUUGCGAAAUGAGGCAUUUGUUGAUGUUACUCUUGCUUGCAAUGAUUCAUCUCUGAAAGCACAUAAGGUUGUCCUUUCGGCAUGCUCAUCAUAUUUUCAGAAGUUGCUGAUGGAGAACCCAUGCAAGCAUCCCACAAUUAUUAUGCCUCAAGAUGUAUGCUUUAGUGAUCUCAAAUUUAUUAUUGAAUUUGUGUAUCGUGGAGAGAUUGAUGUCUCACAAGCAGAGCUGCAGUCUUUAUUGAAAACAGCUGACCAACUAAAAAUCAAAGGACUUUGUGAAGUACCAGAUGGAAAAGAGGGUCCUGUGACCCCAAUGCCUAUUCUUUCUCGACGCUCUUUCACCAAAUUACGACGUCUCACAGGCAUAAAAAGACAGCGGCAACCUGAACCUCUGCGUCGCAAUAUCUUCAAAGAAUUUAUUGAUCAGCAGCAUCAACAACCUCAGCAGCAUCCGCAUCAACACCCACAUCCACACCAGCAACAACUUCUGCAGCCUCAACAGCAACAGCAGCAGCAGCAGCAACAGCAAAUCCACAUUCACCAGCAGCCUCAACACCAGCAUUUACAGCCAAACCCAAUGGCAAUCCAGCACCAGCUCCACCAUCAGCAUCAACAGCAAAUAGAAAUGACUGAAUUGGGUGCCAACAGACCUCCCAUGGGACCAGAAUGUGUCACUGUUGCAACAUCUACUGAAGAUGAUCAUGAAAAUUUACCUGUUGUGGUGCUUGAGAGUCGUAUUCCACAGCAGCAUCAGAUGAUGCACAGUAAUGCACCUACUCCUGUGAUGACACCACACGGAAUGCAGCCACAGCCAACGCAACAGAUGGUUAUGGAUGGAACGCCACACAGCUCUGGAAGUGGUCCAACAGAUGUUGAUAUCCCUCCAGAGGCCCAGCCACCUGCCCCUUCUGCAACUCUCGUGGAGAAUAUGGAUAUGCAUGAGUGCACAGCUCAUGACCGAGAAAGUUCUGGCGUUGGUUGUGAUGAACAAGGAAAUGUGAAGGUGAAGUUUGAAACUCUCCGUGCUAUGGAGCAGGCUGAUACAAUAGAUAUUGAUAGCCACAUGUCAGAGCGGAAUGUGGGAGAGGAGGAUCACACAAUGCACACGAUGAUGAUUACUCCAGAGCUUCUAGGUCUCAUACCCUCCUCUUCAGGACAUUCUGAUCUGAGUGGGGAUGCUGUGAAAGGGAGCCCCAAAAGUUGGAGCCAGGAGAGCCUUGAUAUAACAGAUGUCAGCCAUCAUGAGGUUACGAAAACAGGUCCAAAGUCUUGGACACAGGAAGAUAUGGAACUUGCUUUGGAUGCGCUUCGUAAUCAUAGCAUGAGUUUGACCAAAGCAUCUGCAACAUAUGGAAUUCCAUCCACUACAUUGUGGCAACGUGCUCAUCGGUUAGGCAUUGACACUCCCAAGAAAGAGGGACCUAGUAAAAGCUGGACUGAGGACAGCCUGAAUAGUGCACUUGAAGCCCUAAGGACUGGCAGUAUUUCAGCGAACAAAGCAAGCAAAGCAUACGGUAUACCAAGUAGUACACUGUAUAAAAUAGCAAGACGUGAAGGUAUCAGACUAGCUGCUCCCUUCAAUGCUGCACCAACGACAUGGAGUCCUGAUGACUUGGAACGUGCCCUGGAAUCUAUAAGGUCUGGAGCAUCGUCAGUGCAACGGGCCUCCACAGAGUUUGGUAUUCCAACCGGCACAUUGUACGGACGUUGCAAGCGUGAAGGCAUUGAAUUAUCACGAAGCAAUCCAACUCCUUGGUCAGAGGAUGCCAUGGGAGAGGCUUUAGAGGCAGUGAGAAUUGGCCAAAUGAGCAUUAACCAAGCUGCUAUUCAUUACAACCUUCCCUAUUCUUCUCUGUAUGGUAGGUUCAAACGGUGUAAAUAUGAGGCAGAAGGCCAUCAAGAAGUGGUUGCAUCUCCCCCACCUCCACAAAUAAUGGUAGUCCCAUACCAGCAGCCACCACCUCCUCCACCACCUCCUCCACCUGCACCACAACAUACUCCACAGCAUAUGCAACAGCAUCACUCUCCACAACAGCAGCAGCAGCAGCAGCAACAACAACAACAGCAGCAGCAGCAGCAGCAGCAACCUCAGCAGCAGCAGCAACCACCACCACCACCACCACAGCAACAGCAACAACAACCACCACCACAACAACAACAACAACAACCACCCCAGCAACAGCAGCAGCAACAGCCUCCACCACCACAACCCCAGCAGCAGCAGCAACAGCAGCAGCCACAGCAACAGCAGCCCCAUCAGCUUUACCAGCCACACAGUAGCUGAGAAGUGCUUCCUUCACACAUGGUUAUAAUAACAAAUCACAUUCACUGAAUACUCUCAUAUGGGAUGGUGCACCCAGCAGUAUGAAAAAGUAGUUUAUUAAUGUAUUCAACUGUCAGUGACAGUUGCUUUAAUAGGACUUUUUUUCCUCUAUAUGCCCACUUCACUAUUGUCAUUUCCUUUUAUGUUUUAGUUAUUUCGACUCCUGCCUUUACGACAGUGUGUUUACUGUGAGCACUGUGUAGCACUGGAAACAAGGAAAUUGUUUUAAACUGCUCUGGCUGUUAAGAGAGCAUUUUGUAGCUUGCUGCAAAAAAACUAUUAGUAAAUGCAAUAAAUUUUUAUUUUUAUAGCUGUAUUUUAACAAAUAAUUUUUGAGUGUGUUGUUACAACAUCUGUAGAGGCUGUUUAUUGUUUAGCACCUUUUUUUAAAUUUUGUUUUAAGAAAUGAACUGCUUUUAUGUUAGGUAUCCAUCCUAAAGUAACUGUGAAAUCAGUGCGUGUUAUACAUGUGUGAAAAAUUUAAUUAA